AAACCUAUUUUAAGUUUAAUGAGACAUAUCGCCAAAAAUAAUUGCAUAAUAAAUAAAAUCAAGGAUGGGCUGUCCACUACUUAUUUUAAUAGACUAGAUAAACUUAACGCUGUCAAUCUUGAAAUGUGCGAAGACAUUCUUGAAAGUAGUAAAUUCUGGAAUGAACACGCUGUGGUGACUAUUCUGAAAGGGGUUGGCAAUACCUUUGCCUCAGGAGCAGACUAUGAACAUAUAUUGAAUGUCCCUCAAAAUACAAAUGACUUAUCAAAUUUAUCCACUAAUGGUCAAUUAAGAGAUGUAUCUAAAUUUAGCCUCUUUGGAGAUUAAUAGAAAAAAGCUGUUCAUGCUAUAGGCUCAAAUAAGAGUAUUACAAUUUCCAUUAUGAAUGGACCUACAUCGGGAAUAGGUGCUGCAUUCGGAAUUAAUUCUCGUUUGAAAAUAGCAACAGAAAAUACAACUUUUGUUAUGCCUCAUUGUAAAUUAGGUAUGGUACCUGAUGGAGGAAGUGCCUUAAAAUUUAGUAAAAUUUACAAAAACUACGGUAUGUAUUUAGGUAUGAGUGGGGAAUAACUUGAUGGCUUAAAGAUGGCUCAUUUAGGUAUUGCUGACUAUCUAAUUGAUAGUGAAUGCAUCCCUGAAAUUGAGAUGGAAAUUGAACAAGCUCAUUACUUAAGAGAUGAAGAAUCUAUAAAAGAGUUCUUACUCCAAAGAUAUUGUUAUUUAAAUUAAACAGAAUUUGAAGUGCCUAAAUAAUUUUUAAAUGUAUUGAGUUUAUCUUCUUUGCCAUCCAUAAUGUCUGCUAUGGAAGCACAAUUCCCAGAAUAAGCUGCUCAAAUUAGAAAAAAUAGUGCUUUUAGUGUUUAUGCAUUCUAUGAAUUAUUUAUGAGAAACAAGAAGGCAAAAUUAUCCCUUAAGGAUAAUCUCAAGAUGGAAUAGUCCAUUUUGGACAAAGUUGCUGCGAGACCCGAUUUUGUUGAAGGCUUAAGAAGUUUACUUGUUGACACAUCCUACGAGCCUAAAUUUAAUCCUAAAACUAUAGAAUAGGUUGACUUAGAGGAAAUUCAAAGAUGUUUUGAGCCUUGUUCAAGAAAGUUGUUUGAUGAUUGA